CGGGCACCGAGUCAACUGGCGGGACAGCGGGCACCGAGUCGUCUGGCAAGACUGCGGGCACCGAGUCGUCUGGCAAGACUGCGGGCACCGAGUCGUCUGGCAAGACUGCGGGCACCGAGUCGUCUGGCGGAACAGCGGGCAUCGAGUCGUAUGGCGGAACAGCGGGCAUCGAGUCGUCUGGCAAGACUGCGGGCACCGAAUCACCAGGCACGACAGUGGACUCUGACUCAAUUGGCACGACAGCGGGCACCGGGUCAUCAGGUACCGGAUUGUCCGGCUCAACAGCGGGCAUCGGGUCACCAGGCAUCAGGUCAUUUAGCUCGCCAGCGGGCACCUGCGUCAUCUGGCAAGGCAGUGGGCACCGAGUCACUAGGCACGACAGCGGGCUCUGAGUCAACUGGCAUGACAGCGGGCACCGGGUCAUCAGGUACCGGAUUGUCUGGCUCAACAGCGGGCAUCGGGUCACCAGGC